AUGAACUCCGCGCACAAGACUCGCUCGGAUGAUAAGCGGGACACAGUGCGCAAUGCUGUUGCAUUGAUGCAGCACCAGACCAGGGCCAAAGCUGCUGGCAUGGGCAAGGCGGCCGAGGCUGUUCUGGGCCUCAUUGACGCCAUCAAGAGCCACCAGGCGGAAGAUUCCAAGAGGAAAAGGUUCUGCGAGGCGCAGCUGGGCAGCAACGAGGAUGCCAAGGCCAAGCUUCAGGGAGAGCUGACACGCCUGAAGGCGCGCCAGGACUUCCUGGGCUCCGAGGUGGGCACCUUGGGCACGCAGGUGGAGGAUCUGAAGAAAGAGGCCCAAGACUUCACGGAUCGCCUCAGCAAGCUUGAGGAGGUCCGAUCCAAGGAGAAGGAAUCCUACGACGCCUCCUCUCGGGACAGGGCCCUGACCAUCAAAGUGGUGAAGAAGGCGAAGGCCAUCCUCGAAGGAUUCUAUAACUCGAAGGAUGCAACCGCCCUCGCUGAAGUGAACGCCUCGCCCAAGAAGGCGCCGGACACUUGGCAGCUGGGCAGCUCCAGGAAUGGGAACCUUGGCAGCAGCGUCAUCGCCAUGCUCGACACCAUCGUCUGGGACUUCCAGAAGGAGCAAAGCGAUGCCGAGAAGGCCGAAGAGAAUGCCGAGGCGGAGUUGGAGAAGGUCCGUGAGGACACCAAGACUCUGUUCGACAAGAAGCUGGAGCACGUCUCCAAGCUUCUUCAGGAGAAGGCCCGGGAUGCUCAGGAGCUGUCCCAAGUGAAGGCCGACGUGGAGCUCAAAGGCACCUCGCUGGCUGCCACGGAGGAUACCUUGGCGAAGCUGGGGGAGGACUGCACGCAGCUCCUGGCUGGCUUUGACAAGACCUUGGCAGACAGGCAGAAGCAGAUCUACCAGCUGAAGGAUGUGGCGGAGAUCCUUGGGGGCGCGACGGUGGGCACGCGCACCGGCGUGCGCGCGGGGUUGCUGGAACUGCAGUCCUUGCGCCCGUAG